AUGAAGAGUAGCAUUUCCUUGUCCAGUCUAAUUGCCCUAUGCCUGGCCUUCUGCAUUGCUCGUUCGAGCAAUGCAGACGUGCCAUGUGGCACAGUGGACACGAAGGCCGCAUCUUACAUCUUGUGUCUCAAGGCCGGAGUUAAGAAUUUUGCCGGGGUUCAGGACAAGUUCCUGAGCCAAAUCCCGACAGCUUGCAACAUCAAAGCUACAUUGAGAGACGAUUUGGACUCGUUUGACCGAUUUGAUUUGGACUCGAUUUGA